UACGCGAGGGGUGGGGGGGUGGGGAUAUCAACAUAGCCUCGUUCCUGCGGAUUGAAGCAAGACAGGAGGCCGAGGGUCGACUGGGCUGGAGCCUGUCGGAGGGGGGCUUCGGAUCCCGAGAAGGCGGUCCGUGUUUCGGGGUGGAAGAGGAGAAGGCGCCUUUGUGGAUUUUUCUCUCCCCCAAACACACGCGCAGACCGCCGCCGCCACAGUGAGUGCGCCUGGCUCUCCUCCUCCCUUCCUUGUUGUGGUUUCGUUUCUCUCGCCAUGUCGGUGAAUAUGGAGGAGCUCCGGCAUCAGGUCAUGAUCAACCAGUUCGUGCUGGCUGCGGGCUGUGCGGCGGAUCAAGCGAAGCAGUUGCUGCAGGCGGCCCACUGGCAGUUUGAGACUGCUUUGAGUGCUUUUUUUCAAGAAACCAACAUUCCCAGCACCCACCACCAUCAUCAAAUGAUGUGUACACCUAGCAAUACCCCAGCCACACCUCCUAACUUCCCAGAUGCUCUUGCUAUGUUUUCCAAGCUGCGGACUUCAGAGAAUCUCCAGAGCAGCAACAGCCCCAUCACGUCCAUGGCUUGUUCUCCUCCGGGUAGCUUCAGUCCCUUCUGGGCAUCAUCGCCUCCCAACCACCAACCUGCCUGGAUUCCUCCUUCGUCACCCACUAGUCACAACCUCCAUCAUCACCUCCACCAUCAGCAACCCAUGUGGCCUCCUGUAUCUCAGCAAGGGGGCCCCCAGCAGAAAGCAAUGACGGCAAUGGAUGGCCAGAGAUAAGACUUAACAUUUUAGAAUGGGGGAGAAUUUAGGGGGAAUGAUGGUAUUGCAGAUAUGAGGGGGGCAGUGGGAAGGGGUGGGGGGUAUUUUCCUGAAGAUCGCACUGGAAUAUUUUAUAGUUGUGGGGAUUUUUUUCCAUUUCGUUUUUCUUUUUUAAAACUGUUGGGAUGUCAUUCCUCAUCCCUUGUGACCCUCUUUUUUUUUCUACCCCUCCACCCCCCC